UGCACGCGCUCUAACCAAAAGCCGUUGUGUACAAAACAGCUGGAUGGUUAAAAAAAGUGAUAACAUUAUAAAAAUCGCUCGAUCGACCAGCUGCCAUGAGAUUUCUAUUACAUGUUAAUGUACCAGUCGGUUUUGAUUCGGAAAAGUGCUGUAGGUCUUCCUCUAGUUCUGUUCUCUGCGUGCUGUACCCCGUGGGCCGCGCGGACCGACGGCUCCUGUGGUGAUUGGUUGACUUUGGAUGACAUCACUCACUAUCAUCCGCGUUAAAUUCGAUGAAAAGACGCCGAGAUCUCACCCAGCACCUGGUGAGCUUCAGAAACUCUAUUCAGGGAAACGCAGCUCAGGUUCGGUAGCAGUCCGGCGGAAAUGGCUGCUGUUCAGCACAGGGACUGGCGUGCUCAGAGCGCGUGACGGGGAACUCGAGGAGAUCACUUUUAUCAGAGAUCAGAGGAAACUACGCAGUGAAAAUCAACUGGAUUUAGAUUUUUACCUUUUGUUUCAAAAUGCAUCUAUAAGAAUCAUGCAACAUGAAUGUAACUAACAGCACUGGAGCGGAUGGACCCGCGCCCUGGAACUUCACCGGUUCACUUAGUAAUUUGUCAAGCAAUGAUAAUCUCAGCUGUGGCAGAAGCAGCACCAGUGGUUCCUGUCCAGCUGCUGAAGUCACUGGGAGCCCAUACAAGACAGUGGAGAUGGUCUUCAUUGCCUUGGUUACCGGAUCCAUCAGCUUUGUAACUGUGGUGGGUAACAUCCUGGUAAUGUUGUCAAUCAAAGUUAACCGACACCUCCAGACCAUCAACAAUUACUUUCUGUUCAGCUUGGCAUGUGCAGAUCUGAUCAUUGGUGUGUUCUCCAUGAAUCUGUACACUGUGUAUAUCCUGAAGGGUUACUGGCCUCUUGGCCCUGUGGUGUGUGACCUUUGGUUGGCUCUGGACUAUGUCGUCAGCAAUGCCUCUGUUAUGAAUCUGCUAAUCAUCAGCUUUGAUCGCUAUUUUUGUGUAACCAAACCGUUAAGUUACCCAACACGUCGCACAACCAAGAUGGCUGGUCUGAUGAUUGCUUCAGCCUGGAUCCUUUCCUUUAUCCUGUGGGCUCCUGCUAUUCUCUUCUGGCAGUUUAUUGUAGGGGAACGCACUGUGGAACCAGGAGCAUGCUAUAUCCAGUUUCUCUCUAACCCUGUGGUCACAUUUGGCACAGCAAUUGCUGCAUUCUAUCUUCCAGUGGUCAUAAUGACAGUGCUGUACAUUCACAUCUCCUUAGCUAGCCGCAGCCGUGUAUCCAAGCAAAAGCCAGAAGCUAAGAAGGAGAAGAAAGGCUUGAGGUCUGCUGGAUUGCUGAAGAGCCACAUAUUAAGGCAGAACAACAAUAAUCAGUCUCCUCCAAAGCCCAGUCUGGACACAGUCAGCACAGCUGAAACCAUGAAAAAUGGACAGCUAGAUGAGUCCAUUGUCCCCACUAAAGCUGAAGGCAAUAUGCAGCAUGAGGAGAAGGAGAGCUCAAAUGAUUCCAGCACAGCCAGCAUUGCACCCAAAGAACUCAAGGAAAAGCCCAACAAUGAAGGCUCCUCACAAAAAGGCCUGGCAUCUGCUCCUGCUCCUAUUCCCAAACUCAACCCUGGCUCUAAAUGGUCCAAGAUCAAGAUUGUCACCAAGCAGGCAGGAGAUGAGUGCAUCACUGCAAUCGAAAUAAUUCCUCCAGAAAGUGGCACAGAGGGCCGUUCUAUCCCAAUCAACAGGCCACGCACAGUAGUUCGCAAGUUUGCCAGUAUUGCCCGCAGCCAGGUGAAAAGGAAAAGACAGAUGGCAGCACGUGAGAAGAAAGUGACAAAGACAAUCUUUGCUAUCCUUCUGGCCUUCAUCAUUACAUGGACACCAUAUAAUGUGAUGGUCCUUAUCAGCACAUUCUGUCAGUCCUGUGUGCCAGACACGGUCUGGGCUAUUGGCUACUGGCUUUGUUAUGUCAACAGUACCAUCAACCCAGCCUGUUAUGCUCUGUGCAAUGCUACUUUUAAAAAGACCUUCAAGAACCUUCUCAUGUGCCAGUACAAAAACAUUGGAACCAGGUGAACUGGAUCUACUCUAAUGGAUUCUAAUGAAUAAUUGGGUUGUUCUCAGUGUUCCAGCCCAAUGUCUUUGAUGCACUGGAAUCUGGAAUGUAUCAUGUAGUGUCUUGUAUGAGGCUUUGAUGCUUGGUGCACUGUGUGGAUUCAUUUCAGAAAAAAACAAGCCUGCAGUCUGUACACUUAGAACGUCAGAUCAGGGGAUUUAAUCAGCUGCUGAAAAAUAUAAUUGUAUAUAAUGUUACUCUGCUCAUCGGCACUGCCAAGUUCAUCACCGAAUAACACAUUUCACGUGAAUUAAUUGACUGAAAAAUAUAAUGUUCUUUGGUGUGGAAAGUUAACCCAUAACAAGCACAUUAAGAAAUCAAACUUUAUUGAGUAAACAAACAGAACAAUAAUAUUCCUUUUCUUAAACGUGUUAAUAGUGUUAAACGUGUCCAUUCAUGCUGAAUACUGAGAUGUGUGUAUUUCGUGUUUGGCAAAAAUAAUGUAACGCUGAGGAAUGCUUCUCCAUUUGUGGUACUCAAGAUAAAAUCUCUACCUGUUGUAGUAAAGAACAUUCCAUGUACACACAGGCACAAGUGUAUAAAGCAAAUCGAUGGUGUUUUUAACUAGGUGAGGGUGUAUAAAAUUAUAUAAGCUCAAUAUAUGCUCCUACAAAGUCGUUUUUUUCUUCUUUCAUUUUAUAUGUACUAUAGGUGUUUGUACUCUGGUAUUUAAUUAGUGGGUUACAUGUACUUUUAGAAAAAACACAGUAUUAGUGUCUAAAAUCAAAUGUUUCUUAUAUAUUAUCAUGUUCAUAGAUGUCAGGGGAAUAUUUACUGUAUGACAGGAAGUAGAAGGGUGCAGUUAAUAUCUAUGGAAAGCUUCUCCUGCCCCUGAAGGACACAUCCAGAGUUAUUAUGCAUUUAAAAAACAUCAAAAUUAUAUAUUUUCCAUAUUUCUUUUGAACACAGCGGUGAUCUGCAAUCUAAUACCAACACUAAUUUAACAUUGUUUUUUCUGGACAUAUUUUCAAUUAAUAAAGAUUAAAACUAAAUUUAAAACUGUUAACCUGCUGGUGCUCAUGAUUUAACAACAUCAGCUAGUGUCGCCACGCUUCGAUGGGGACAUUUCCUUGUUUCAUAUUUGUUUCAUCCUAGCAAUAUUUUCUUUAUUAAUUUAAGCUGUUAGAACUCUUUGAAAAUGUCAUUUAGAUCAAUAAGCAGCUGUAGGAGUCUGAGUUGAGACUGAAUAAAGAAGCUUUGGUUAUGGGACAAAUCAGAAAAUGUCUGCUAUUUGAGACAUUACCACAUCCACAUCAGCAUCGAAUUCACCCUUUUACAUCGACAAUCACUAGAACAAGCUGAUUUUGGUGCCUUAAUAUUACAGACAUUAACUGCCACUCAUAUUAAUUCACAAUCUAGUGCUCACUAUCGAGUCGCUAGAUCACAGCUUUAUGCCACUUGUAAUAUAGUAAUUAAUAAACUACAGGACACACACUUACUUAUUGUUUUCCAAUGUUUCAAUGUUUUAGCUCGAAAAAGAGAAGCUGUCAUUUGGCCGACUCUCUCUGGAGUAUGAUGCAGUUUCAGACGUGAUGUUCCAGGGCAGUGUGUAUCCUCGCGAUUGAGAUUCCUGGCGCCUCUCGCCAAUGAUUUAUUUGCUGUUAUUUAUCUCUCCAGUUUGUUGAGGUCAUUAAUGGCUCACUGACAUGCAAAUGGAACUGUGUGGUCUCCAUAAUGCUGUGAGAGCUUUGUCAUUUUCUUUUUUUUUUGUUAAUGGUCUGCAUUGAAAUCUGUGUUAUUCUCCAAAGCGAUAUAACGGAGCAGUGUGCAAUAAAACACAAGACUUUCUCUGAUUUCACUGAUGUUUAAAUAUUUGUGUGCGAUCUUUGGUACACAGAUGAUUCAAUUUAAUUGAUUUACUGAUAAAUAAAUCUGAUCAAAUGUUCUUAUAUUGUUCCAUUUGUUUCCUCACAUGCACGUGUCUAAUCAUAUCCUAUGGAGAUAUCAAAAAUGAAUUUUAUUUUGCAAUAAAACAGCACUGUAUGGAAUUAUUUGUUCAGCACUUGAUGUACAACAAUGAUGUAUAUACACAUAAACUCUCCUGUACUGAAAUUCCAAAAAGUAAAAUAUAAUUUAUGUGGCUAAUUGAAACGCACUUCAGUGCUGAUGUGAAUGAAGGAUGUUUUCUUGCUUGAUUAUUUGAAAUAAUAAUAGAAAUGACCCAUAAGUGACUCUAGCGUGUGUACGCAUGUUUUUGUGUGUGUAUUUUAAUGCAUAAAUCUAAUAAAGACAUACAGUUAUAGGAAACGGGUAUUUAUCCUGAUACAGAGCUCUGGAUCAUGAAAAUGUUCAUCACAUUAUCAUUAUUUAAUGCAUAUUUAAAAUCCAAAUAAACAUACAUUUAAACUAAAGGCUAAAGGAUUUUCAAUACAUGAUUUGAUUUGAUUCUUCUGUAUUAAUAAAUGUUUAAUAUCAGAGAUUAGUUUCAUUUCUUGAUUGGAGUUUGCUUUUGUUAGUAUUCUAAUCGUGUCAUACUUUCAUUUAGAGAACAGUCUGACUUCUUCAUGUAGCACGGAACAUGGAACGCAUGAUGAACAUCACUGUUGGCCAAGGGGAAGAAUAGUGAGGAAAAUGAUAUAUUUAAUUAUGUAUUUUAGAUAAUAUUAAACAAAUUAUUAUUUUGAUGAAAUGCUUUUGUUUCUAGACUGAUAACUAAGUGUGUUUAAUUUGAAUAAAAAUCAUGUUGCCAUGUGUAGAGAUCACAAUAGACUGUGUGUGUGUGUGUGUGUGUGUGUGUGUGUGUGUGUGUGUGUGUGUGUGUGCUUAUUACACAAUCAAACUUUUAGUGUAGACAACAGAAGAGCUGACCUCAGAGCAGACACCAGCAGGUAAACAGCAGUUACAGCAUUCCGUUAUAAGUUGACUCAUAACUUCAACAACUUUUAAAAUAUUUUUUAUUUGAAGUGAUAAUAAUCCUACAAAAAGCAGUUUGACUUUCCAAAACACUACUCUCUUACACACCACUAUUCAGGAAACUCUACUGUAUCAUCACAGAAAACUAAUAAAAACGUAUUUAUAUGACAAAUCAUUAAGAACACAGGUUGUCCGGGGUGUGUGUGUGUGUGUGUGUGUGUGUGUGUGUGUGUGUGUGUGUGUGUGUGUGUGUGUCAGAGAGAGCAUGUGUGCAGUUCAUGUAUCAGAUCUGAACUGUUUUGACAGAGAGUGUAAUAUUUCUACAAAAAGCAAAAGGACUGUUUC